AUGCACUGGACAUGGAAGAACUGUCCAACUGCCUGGCAAGGUAUGUAUACUGGACAUUUUUAUGAACCUACAAUUAUUUUGGAGGCCGUAGCUAGCAAAGAUCUUUGGAUAUGGCAUGCCUUCUUUGGACUGCCGGGGUCUCACAAUGACCUUAAUGUUCUACAUCGUUCACCGGUUUUCGCACAACUUGCGGAGGGAAGAGCUUCACCGUGCAACUAUACUGUCAAUGGCCACGAGUAUAAUAUGGGAGACUAUCUCACCGACGGGAUUUACCCAGAGUGGUCCACAUUAGUGAAGACUAUUCCAGCACCUCGAGAAAACAAGCAUAAGUACUUUGCUCAACAACAAGAAAGCACAAGAAAAGAUGUUGAGCGAGCUUUUGGCGUGUUGCAAGCUCGAUUUGCGAUUGUUCGUGGACCAGGACGUUUCUGGCAACCUUGUGUGCUGAAAGAUAUCAUGACAGCUUGUAUCAUAAUGCAUAACAUGAUCGUUGAAGAUGAACGUGAUUGCCAAUUGGACAACAACUUUGACUUUACUGAUUCGGUACCAGUCAUUGAACCUUCUCAUGUGCAGACGGUGCCUCUAACUGAGUUCAUCUAA